AUGAAAACCACUCUCAGCCUCGGAUUCCUACUCCUCACCACCGGACCUCUCGUGUCAGCGGCCGUGGAACCACAGGGAAAUUCUGUCGAAUGCUGGAACCGAAUGUGCCGAACAACGUGCUAUCCUUCGUCCGAUUACCGACAUGGAAUUCCCUCAGGGUUAAAGGUCAAGAACGGGGAGAAACAGAACUGGUGCUAUCUCAAGGUUGGGAACUGGAACGAGAAGGGGGAGACGAAAUUCUGCUCCCGGCAUCGGUGUACGAAUUUGGACCCUCAUAAUGAGUGUCUGGAUAAGGAUGAUGAUCCGGUUUUGGGAGGGUGUGGUGUGAAUGGGUCGUGA